CCCACCCUCGGCGAAAAAAAAAAGUUCCUGCGUCUAUCGUUUACAAAGAAUCCUUUAAACCGGCAACCCUCUAGUAGGUUUGAACGCCCGGAUUCCCAGAGUUCCCCAGUUGGAUCGCGCCAGCCUCCGGCAGAGACCCAAGAGCCGCCAUCAUGUCGUCGUUCUACAUCGAGAACAAGAAUGUGGGCAACAAGACCGAGAGCGAAGAUUGGAGGAUUCGCGGCUACAAUCCUUUGACGCCUCCUGGUCUGCUCCAGCACGAGAUCCCCCAGAGCCCCCAAUCGAAGAAGACUGUUCUUGAAGGGCGUGAGGAGGCCGUUGCCAUCGUCAAUGGGACCGACGAGAAACAGAGGCUGUUGGUUGUUAUUGGGCCCUGCUCGAUCCACGACCCAAAGGCCGCGCUCGAGUAUUGCGACUUGCUACUCAAAGAGAAGGAGAAGCACAAGGAUGAGCUGCUGAUCGUCAUGCGCUCUUACCUCGAGAAGCCGCGCACAACGGUUGGAUGGAAGGGCCUGAUCAACGACCCAGAUCUCGACAACAGCUUCAACAUCAACAAGGGUUUGCGGCUGAGCAGACAGCUGUUCGUCGACUUGACCUCCCGGGGCAUGCCUAUCGCCAGCGAGAUGCUCGACACAAUCAGCCCACAGUUUCUGGCCGAUCUGCUCAGUCUCGGUGCCGUUGGCGCCAGGACAACCGAGAGCCAGCUUCACCGUGAGCUGGCUAGCGGCUUGAGCUUCCCUGUUGGCUUCAAGAACGGCACUGAUGGUAGUCUCACGGUUGCCGUCGAUGCCAUCGGCGCGGUCAGGCAUCCCCAUCACUUCCUCUCGGUCACCAAGCCUGGUGUAGUCGCCAUUGUUGGCACCGUCGGGAACGAGGACUGUUUCGUCAUCCUGCGUGGCGGCACUCGAGGCACCAACUACGACGCCCAGAGUAUCGCAGAGGCCAAGGCUGCGUUGCAAAAAGCAGGACUGCGACAACGGCUCAUGGUGGACUGCAGUCACGGCAACUCCCUCAAGAACCACAAGAACCAGCCCAAGGUCGCUGCCGCGCUUGCUGAACAGAUUGAGAAGGGUGAGGAUGGCAUCAUGGGUGUCAUGAUCGAGAGCCACAUUAACGAGGGCAACCAAAAAGUCCCUCCGGAGGGCAAAGAAGGUCUCAAGUACGGCGUCAGCAUCACCGACGCUUGCAUUGGCUGGGAGGACACAGUCCAGGUCCUCAAUGUCUUAGCCAAUGCCGUGAAGAAGAGGAGGGAGGUGCUGAGCCAGAACGGCAGCGCCUAAGCCAUGAAAAGGGUUGUGAGGUGAUGGUCGAUUUUAUAUACAUUUGUGGUCAUCCUUCCUUUUUGAAUUGGGCGUUUUGCGGUCAUUUAAGAGUUCGGGUUCGGCAAGACGGGAAUUCAAGAUUUAGCGGGUUCAACACUGGUAGCGGUAUCGAACCUUGACCAGUGAUUGUUGCACUUCAGGAUCCGCCGAUGCGCUGUUGACUUAAUAGAAGUGAUGAUGUCCAG